GCCUCGGCAUUCUCAGAGCUGCGGGGCGCCGCGCAGCGUCGGGCUCGGGCGGCGGCGGCGGCGGGAGAGCAGGCGGUUGCGCUGCUGCUCGCGGGGUGCUGGUCAGAGGCGGCAGACGAGGCGGGCGCCACCGGCCGGGCCGGAGGGGCGCCUCAGCUCCGCCGGGGCCCGCGGUGCGGGACCCAGGAUCGAAGAGUAAGCGACGCCCCCGCUGCCCGGGGCUGGGGCCGAGCCCGGUGCCGGCCCGGAGGAGGCCCGUGGCCAGACGUUCCCGGCCCGAGCGCGACGCCGGACCCGAGCCCCAGGUCCGCGGCGCCCCGACGUGACCCCCGGAGGAGCCCCCAGGGCUCUCGGCUGCCCCUGGGGGUACCUUCAGCAACCCCCCCGGACUCACCUGAGCAGGCCGCCUGGCACCCAGGUGCGGGGGCGUGUGCGCGGCGAGGGCGCCUCCCCCAGCCGCCAGCGGGGCGGGGGCGGGGCCGCUCUCCGCCCUCGGUCUCAGCCGUCCGCCUGCCAUGCCCCGCCGCACGGCGUGAGCUCCCCCGGGACCGCGGCUCGGGAUGCUGCCCGCCAGCACGGCCGGUCGCGCGCCGCCUGCCACUCCUGCCCUUGCCUCUUGGGCCAUGCACCGUUGUUUACAUGCCGGUGAAGCCUCCGACAGCUCCGAGCCCCUCCGAGCCCCGGUCCCCAGAGGGUGAAGCCAGCAGACCCGCGAACUGCCCUGGACGCUCAGACCUCGGUCCUCUGGAUUCAGACCCCCGCCCGCUCUGCCGCCUCUGCCAGCAUCUGGGCAGGAUCCGGCUCUGGUGUUUUGAGGAGGGGGUGUGGUGUGGGGAAAGGAAUCCUGGGGAUUUCUGCACACCUUCCCCCUCCCCACUCCAUUUUUUUUUGGCCUUCGGGGCUUCAGACUCAGGGAACUCGCCCAUGGCUUUCUUGAUGAAGAAGAAGAAAUUCAAAUUCCAAACCACUUUCACCCUGGAGGAGUUGACUGCGGUCCCGUUCAUGAACGGGGUCCUCUUCUGCAAAGUCCGGCUGCUGGAUGGCGGGGAUUUUGUCAGCCUGUCGUCAAGGGAGGAGGUCCAAGAGAACUGCGUGCGGUGGCAGAAGAGGUUCACCUUUGUGUGUAAGAUGAGCGCCAAUCCGGCCACCGGCCUGCUGGACCCCUGCAUCUUCCGUGUGUCCGUGCGCAAGGAGCUGAAAGGCGGGAAGGCUUAUUCCAAGCUGGGCUUUGCCGACUUGAACCUAGCCGAGUUUGCAGGCUCGGGAUCCACGGUGCGCUGCUGCCUGCUGGAGGGCUACGACACAAAGAACACCCGCCAGGACAACUCCAUCCUCAAGGUCACCAUUGGCAUGUUCCUGCUCUCUGGAGACCCCUGCUUCAAGACGCCACCGUCCACUGCCAAGUCCAUCUCCAUCCCAGGCCAGGAUUCCUCCUUGCAGCUGACAUGUAAGGGUGGUGGGACCAGCGGCAGUGGCGGCAGCAGCACCAGCUCCCUCACAGGGACCCGGCCCCCCAAGGCCCGGCCCACCAUCCUCAGCUCAGGGGUGCCAGAGGAGCCAGACCAGAACCUGUCCAGCCCUGAGGAGGUGUUCCACUCUGGCCACUCACGCAACUCCAGCUACGCCAGCCAGCAGUCCAAGAUCUCAGGCUACAGCACGGAGCACUCGCGCUCCUCCAGCCUCUCGGACUUGACACACCGCCGCAACACAUCCACUAGCAGCAGUGCCUCGGGUGGCCUCAACAUGACUGUGGAGGGCCCUGAGGUCAGUGAGCGGGAGUACCGGCCCCCCGAGAAACCACCACGGCCACCCCGGCCUCCGCAUCUCUCAGACCGCUCAUUUCGACGGAAAAAGGACUCGAUGGAGAGCCACCCAACCUGGGUGGAUGACACGCGGAUUGACGCGGACGACAUUGUGGAGAAGAUCAUGCAGAGCCAAGACUUUACGGACGGCAGCAACACCGAGGACAGCAACCUCCGGCUGUUUGUGAGCCGUGACGGCUCCACCACACUGAGUGGCAUCCAGCUGGCCAACAGGGUCUCCUCUGGGGUCUAUGAGCCAGUUGUGAUCGAAAGCCAUUGAGGAGCUGGUAUCCAGGCUGGAGAAGGGCCCUGCCUUUGUGGGUGUCUAGACCUGCAUCAUUCCACGAGGGACCUUCCCCUUUGGAUCACCAUCUGCGCUGCAUCUCAUCUGUGCCUCCCAUGUGCACUCCAGCCCCACACCUGUCCCUAAAGUAUCAUUCCAUAGUCCUCCCAUCCAGGCCAGGGCCCUCCUGGCCCUUUCAGGUCCAGGCACCACUGUGAAUAUUUUCCUGUGAACCACUAGAGGGCAGGACAAGCAGGCCAUGCAGUAGGCAGGCAAGAAAGACAGCCAGGACUGCCCCUGCACAAGACUGACCUGGCCGUCUUGGCUGAGGACAUGCCAGCAGCUCCUUAACAUGUAGGGGCUGCUUGCAGCUGAGGGGGUUGUUGCUUUUCCCCUGUGUCCCCCACUCACUCCAGAGGCAGGGCCUUGCUCCAUUGCUCCGUUGGCCUUGGAGGGCAGCCCACCCCCAGAAUCCUGCCACCAUGACCCCCUGACUGCUUAGUGCUUUAGCUGUCCUUCCCCUGUAUCCUGGGGGACCCACUGGUGGCCUCCCCCCAGGAGCCAAGACCUCAGACCCCACCCAUGCUCCAGAUUGAGACCCCCCCCUUCGCCCGCAAACGAAUGUUCUCCUGCCACCCUGGCAGCCUGCACUUUGCACAUGCUUGUCUCAGCACAGCCCCCACUGGCCCCUUGCCUCCCCUUCCCAAGGAUUCCUGAGCUCUGCCUGCUGUGCAGUUGGAGUCCCAGGGUCUAGCAGCCCGGCUGGAACCUGGCGCUUCCUCCCCACCCUCUAGUUAGCCCCGGCUUAGGUGUAACCUAUGCCGAGAAAGGUCUGAGCAUCGGUGUGAUUUUCCUUCUGCCCAGGGCAGGGUCCUGAGCAACUUCACUGUUUUUCCUGUAGAGGUGUCACAGAAGGUGCCUCCCAAGCUCUUGGAGAUUGGGGGCCUAGCUAAGCUAGACUUUAGCAAGGAAGGCCCUCAUUUCUUCCUCAGGGUCAGCUGGCCCAGGCUGGAGAGGCAGGUGGGGUGUGACUGGGCCGGCCCGGAGCUGGGCUCCUGGCUGGAAAAGUACCUCAGCCUUCUGAAAGCAUCCCCCAUUUCUGGGCAAGGAAGAGGUGGGGUCCUUUAGGGGGAUGUAUUUUUUUCCAGUGGGGAGCAGUCUGGCCCUGACCCCCCCUCACUAAAGCCUCUGCUCUCAGCACUUUUCCUUUCCUGGUCCUUAUUACUUGCUUGAAGGUGAGGUCUGAUUGCCAGCCAGUCCCUGGACAAACUCCAUGUGCCAUUCUUUUAAAUUUUAGUCAUUUUGUAUAAACCCAGCAGGCUGGUGUUUAGUUACAUCUUCAAGUCUUUCUUUUCUUUUCUUUUUUUUUUUUUUUUUUUGAGUUCACAGUUCAAUAUUUUCUCCUCCCCCAGGUGAGGGGAGAUGGUUCUGUUCUCUGCCCUCCCUGCUGGCUGGGUCCCAGCGGGGCUAGGGCUCUGGAUGGAGGAGCUGGGAUGCUGGAUCUCUCUGCCAAGUGGGGUGUAUCCUCCCCAGGCCAGGAGGGUUCCUUGCCCAGUUUUCUAUCUGCCCCAGCUGGUAAAAUUUGGGUUCCUUGGUCCUGGAACCUCACUGGCAUUGGGACCAGAGCAUUUCUAGUAGAUAUUUUGUGUUUUUGUUUUUGUUUUAAAUCACCUAACUUUAGAAGAAAAAAUGAAUGUUAGAAGGUGCCUGCCAAGGCAGGAUGGAGUGUUUGCUCUGGUUGGGGAAGGCUCUGAUGAGCUCCGAAGAUCCCUUCCUGCCCCACAAACAUCUGGCACUUUAGAAGGAAACUGGCAGCACUGUGUCCAAAUGGGGUGACUCCCAGAGGAUGGAGGUGUGCUGUCCUUUUGUGUCAGCAUGACCUCAGCUCAGUGGAGAGGUGCAUUCAGGGUGUAUUUUGGGUUUGGUUCAAGGUUCUGGCGCUUUAGGUACAUAACCGCUGGCUUUGGCACUGUUGGGGAGACUGCCCCAAACCAGGAAUCCUAGCCCCAUCAAGGGCAAGGUCUGAGUUUGAGAGUCACCCUAGAAGGAGAGAGAGCCUGCCAUACUCCUACACCAGGCCCCUGGCAGAAGAAUUUGAUCAACUGAGAAUUCGGCCAAAACCAAAUGAACGAACACUGGCUGGACCCAGAGGCCUGGAGUCCAGCCUCACCCCCAUGUAGGAGCCCUUUCUUUGGCCCUCUGGCCCCCUUGAGCUCAGUGAAUCCCUAUCAGGCGCCCACAGCUCCGGCUGCAAAUUCUAUAUGUAGAGAUAGAUUUUAUUAUAGAUAUUUUUGGAAAGGAAUCAGUCUAUGCAAUGCCAGUUUGGAAUCUUCUUGGAAGACAGUUUAAUGUUUUUACUAGGAGAUUUAAAGAAAAUAAAGGUCUACAGUAUUUUUAGGUUUUUUUUUCCUGGUCACUCUACAAAUUGACCAUAAGACAUGAUCAGCCAGGAUGGAGAAUGUCCACGUUUUCCUCUAUUUAGGGAGAUGAGCAGAGAGAUGAGGGAGGGGCAUCAUUUGUCUUUUUUAUUUUUAUUUUAUUUUUUUUUAAUUCCCCUCCUUUCUAACAGAAUGCUGCCACCACUGCCCCCCAGAUUCAGCGGGCUAUUUGUAUCUCUGUCUCCAGCUUCUAUUGUAGAAAAUAACAUUGUACGGGGAAAUCAGUGUAGUGUCUUGGUUUGGGAAAAAAAUUAAAUGUUGUGGUUUUUGUUUUGGUA